GCCGGCGUCUGUGAGUCACGCCCGCCGCGCGCCCGCCGAGCUGCCGAGCGCCGGGCUGCGCCGGCGGGGCGGGGUCGCCUAUGGGACUUUCCAAAAGCAAACAUAAACCUAGGACAGGUGAGGAGCCAAAGAAGGGCCGCAUCUAUUCAUUUCCCAAGGCCAAGGAAAGGCCCGUGUACAGGCAUUCUCAAGAGUCUGAGAAGUCUCCGGACACUAAGCCUGCAGAGAGCUUUCAUGGAAAGAAAGGGGCAGCCAAGCGACAGUGGCCUUCAUCCGAAGUGGAAGAGAAACCUGAUGUAAAGGUAAACUCGAGCAAGAAGAAAGUUGUCAUUCCACAGAUCAUCAUCACUAGAGCCUCAAAAGAGACUCUCACCAGCUACGGUUCCGUAGACGAAGAGCAGAGAACCAUUCAGGAGCAGGCUGAAUGGGGCCCCUACUGCCGACACAGAAACCCUAGUACAGUACACGCCUAUGACUUCCGAGAAUAAACAAGCGCCCCGA